GGGGCCCGCCCUGCCCCCCUCCAGGCCAUGAUGAUUCUGCGGUUUGUCACGCUUGCUCUGGUGACAGGGCAUGUAGGGGGAGAGACCAGGAUCAUCAAGGGAUACGAGUGCACACCUCACUCCCAGCCAUGGCAGGUGGCCCUGUUUCAGAAGACACGGCUGCUGUGCGGGGCAACCCUCAUCGCCCCCAAAUGGCUCCUGACAGCAGCCCACUGCCGCAAGCCCCAGUACGUGGUCCUCCUGGGGGAACACAAUCUCCAGCGGGCAGAUGGCUGUGAGCAGAAGCGGACAGCCACCAAGUCCUUUCCCCACCCCGACUUCAACAACAGCCUCCCCAACAAAGACCAUCGGAAUGACAUCAUGUUGAUCAAGUUGUCCUCAGCAGCUUUCAUCACCCGGGCUGUGCGGCCUCUCACCCUGUCAUCCCACUGUGUCAAGGCUGGAACCCGCUGUCUCAUUUCUGGCUGGGGCACCACAUCCAGCCCACAGUUGCGUCUGCCCCACUCCUUGCGAUGUGCCAAUAUCUCCAUCAUAGGACAUGAGGAGUGUGAGAAAGCCUACCCUGGCAACAUCACGGACACUAUGCUGUGUGCCAGCGUUGGGAAAGAGGGGAAGGACUCCUGCCAGGGUGACUCUGGAGGCCCUCUAGUCUGUGACGGGUCUCUUCAAGGAAUCAUCUCCUGGGGUCAGGACCCGUGUGCUGUCACCAGAAAGCCGGGUGUCUACACGAAAGUCUGCAAAUAUGUGGACUGGAUCCACCACACUAUGAGAAACAAUUAG